UGCCCUCUCGAUUUUGCCCUUUGACAUCAGCACUCCCGCCAUCAUUUCCCAAUUCAGGUUCUAAUUCUCCUCAACCAUACUGUACGGACGUAGGAGAACUUUGCGUGGAACCGUAAUAAUCGAGCGGAAAAUUACUAAAGUCCGCGCUCAGUCCGGUUUUGACUGGGGGAAUGGACUCCAAAUCUCUGGGAAAUAUUUUUAAUGAGGCAUUUCUCAUGUGUUUUGUUAACCCAUCCUUUCUCACGGGCAGACUACUCUGUAACAGCUGGCUUGCUGAAGAGAGAGCAGGUUCCAGUGGCGCACAUAAAGCCUAGAAACCUGACCUGCAAGCAAAGUCUCGACACUAAUAAGCAGAUAGGUCUAGGUCUCAGAUACCAUCCGCUUCAACUGUCUCGAUGGAUUUUCUGCGUCGCCUCGUGCCGAACUCUUCAUGGGGUUCUGGUCGGGGUUGGAUCUCGAUUACUGUCGCAGGGGGCUCGCUCGCCGUGGUAAAAGGCAUCAUCUGGUGUAUACUCGACUAUAAAAGAUUUCUGGCUCUUGGUCCGGGUGGCCCUCCCUACAACGUCUUUGGAUGGGCUGUCAUUACUUUUUUGAUUCGCCCAUUCACUUUGGCCAAGCAAUAUACUACAUGGACUGGGGAUUACCUAGGAGAUGAUGCCCACGAGGAAAUCAAAGCCCUCCCACCUAGAAGUGGCAAAAGGCCAACUUGUGACGGGAUUGGCCCACACAGGCAGCUAUCUCAAAACGCACCUGAACAUGUCAAAGAGUCCAUCCGAACUCUGUUCGCCAACGCCGCUAUUCAGAACCCAACUUUCUUGGAGACCCGAACUUCUGGAUACGAACGCCGUAAUAGUGCUUUGUUCACUACGAAGGAUUUCCUGAAUCGACAUAACCGAGCUCAGGGUGCGUCAAGAUUGCCAGAGGCGGUGUUCCUUGCUCGUGGGGAAAUCGGACAUGCGCAUGAGGAUACGUCUAGCCACCUUUACGUUUCGCGAGGUGAUGCUCGCAUACUAAUCGAGAAGGGAUGGGCUGAGCGACAUCGACUGGCUGUCCCAAGACACUACUUGGUGAAAAACAUUUUGGGUGUUGCAGAUACUUACUUAAUUAUCUACGCACCCCGGGACGAGACCGAAAUGGUUGCUUUAGAAGUAAUGCUAAGGCGCAGUAUCACCUUUAUGACAGGGCAGGAAAUCGAUCCGAUCGAGUGGAAGGUUGUCAUAUAGGUCAUGUGAGCUAGCACUUUGUUGAGUAAUGUCCACACACGUAUUGGAUCUCUUCCAUUGAGCAGGGGACAACUCUAAUAUGCAAUGGAAUGUUGUUUACUUUAAAUACUUCAUAUCUUUUUACUGAUUGCCGGCCGCCUUGUCGGUCACCAAAUGCGGUAUUCACGCAAUGUAUAACCACGGCUAACUGUAUUAUGAUC